AUUUUCUCUCCGCUUAAAAAAUGUUUGUUAAAAACAAAAUCAAGGAAAAAGCACGUGAAAGCAACGAAGGAAAAUAGGAAUAAACCCAGAACCCACGACAAGAGCCGAACAGCUUCAUCCCGCCACUGAAAAUGGGUAUCAAGGAUCUUCUCCGAUUCAUGAAGCCUUAUAUCGAACCCAUUCACAUCAAUAAAUAUGCCGGACAACGCGUGGGUAUUGAUGCUUAUUCAUGGCUUCAUAAGGGAGCUUAUUCCUGUAGUAUGGAGCUUUGUCUCAAUUCUGACACUGAAAAGAAGUUUCAAUACAUAGAGUACUUUAUGCAUCGAAUCAAGCUGCUUCGUCACUAUAAGAUAACGCCUGUUGUUGUUUUUGAUGGCUGCAACAUUCCUUGCAAGGCGGCAACGGAGGAAGAUAGGAAGAGGAAACGAAGUGCUAAUCGCGAUUUGGCAAUGGCUAAGCUCAAAGAGGGGAACGUCAACGCAGCCUCAGAGUUAUUUCAGAGAGCACUGAACGUCACUCCCAUUAUGGCUCAUCAACUGAUUCAGGUUUUGAGAUCAGAGAACAUUGAGUUUGUUGUAGCUCCAUAUGAAGCAGAUGCUCAGUUAGCUUACAUGUCCAAGAUUAAAAGGGAAAAUGGUGGUGUUGUAGCAGUGAUCACUGAGGAUAGUGAUCUAAUUGCCUACGGUUGUCCAGCUAUUGUCUUUAAGAUGGACCGUUACGGGAAUGGCGAAAGCAUAGAGUUAGACAAGGUUUUCAAAGCUGAGGCUUGUAAACCAUCCUUCCGAAAUUUUGAUAUGGAACUCUUCACAGGUAUGUCUGUCUUAGCUGGCUGUGAUUUUCUUCCAUCUGUUCCUGGAAUUGGUAUAGUGCGAGCUCAUGCCUUGGUUUCCAAGUAUCGCAAUUUAGAUCGCGUGUUAUCUGUUCUUAAGAUGGAGAAGGGAAAUCAAGUGCCAGGAGAUUACGCCAAAUCCUUCAAAGAGGCAAUUGCAGUCUUCCGGCAUGCUCGAAUAUAUGAUCCCAAUGCUAAGGAGCUCAAGCACCUAGCGCCACUUCCGCAAAACCUACUUCAGUCCUUUGAUGGAAAUCUUGAUUUUUUGGGACCAGAAAUUCCUCGAGCAACGGUUACCGCAAUAGCAGAAGGCAACUUAAAUCCCUCAACUAAGAAAGUCUUUGAUAAGCUGGAAAGUUCUGCACUCCCCGUGGACCCCAUUGUUCUCAAGAGCAAUCGUCAAUACCGGAGAGUCGAAGUUUUUGCAACCCCUGCACAUGAGCGCUCCUUGAAAGUCUUUGACUCCCUUAAUGCCAGAGAAAACAACACAGUGACGUCGUCGAAUCUGGUCGUGAACAAGGACAAGUAUUCUGGUGAAGCAUUGCCACUUCAGAAACUUAUUAGACCGUUGGUAACUUGUGGAUCUGCAGAGAAGGAAAAUAUUCCCGAUAAAACUCCGUUAAGGGUUCCUGACAACAACCCAUUCAGGAUAAAACCUGAGGAAAUUUGUUUAUUUCAGAGGGAGAACCCCGAUGAACAAGUUCUUGUUACCAGGAGUGCUGAAUACAUGGACGUGUGCAUGAAUCCUGAUAGCUUUCCUGAAGAGACGUCUGAAAACCUCUCGAGAAAAAGGAAUUUUGAGACCAUUUGCUCGGAUGAAGCAGAAACUUGCGACGACCAAAUUUCAGAGGUGACGGUGGUUGAAGCGGAAGAUCCGGACAUGUUAUGUUGGAACGUGAUAUCCCAAGAAAGUGUAGAUUCUAAGACAGUAAAAUGCGCUGACUUGAAAAGAAGAGGUGCAAGUGAGAAAAAAUUCAAGAAAAGCGUUGGCAAGAAAGCGGGGGGCAAGAACAGCAGUAUCUUGAAUUUCUUUUCUCGAGUGUAAUCGUUCCACAUCCAUGCCCAUGUCUAUAAUUUGUGCUCUGGUUUCUUUAGAAUUGAGUUGGUUUUUC